AUGAACACGGCGUCUGUUGGCCUGGCGGUUACGCCGGCGGUUGUUUCGACGUUACUAUCUCAUUAUCUUAACCGCAAGCCACUUGCACACAAGCCGACAGAACACCUCUCGUACGAUGAAGGCUUGCACCUGAUUCGCUCAUUCCUCGAACAUUCCUCGAAGUAUACAGUCGAGGACCUGCAAGCUUUUUCCAGCCAAUGGGUACCACAUCCGCAAUGGGUACGAGUCGACCACGUCGAGAUUCCCGAGGACCAUCUCUCCAAGGCCGCCGACCUCCUGAUCGACCAGCUUGGCCCGGAAGGACUUCGCAAGGUUGGCGGCUCGAAAUGGUGGCAAUGGCGCAAGCCCAAGAGCCCGCUCAAGGCAGAAUGGAUCGAGAUGAAGGCCGACUACCGUGAGCGUAGGAAACGAGGCGACCCAGGUAAUCGCGUCAUGCUGUACGUCCAUGGCGGAGCCUACUACUUCGGCAGCAUCGACAUGCAUCGCUACCAGAUCCAGCGCCACGCUCGCAAGCUCAAGGCUCGUGCGCUCGCUCCCGACUACCGGUUGGCUCCGCAGUUUCCCUUCCCUUGCGGUCUCCAGGACUGUCUGGCGACUUAUCUGUGGCUGAUCAGCCAACAGAAGCCGAGCACAGUCAUCCUCGCCGGUGAUUCUGCUGGCGGCGGUAUGGUGCUAUCCAUGCUGGUCGUGCUGAGGGAUCGGGGCAUUCCGCUGCCUGCUGGUGCUGUUCUGAUCAGCCCAUGGUGUGAUCUGACACACUCGUUUCCCAGCGUUGCUGAGGAUUGCCCUCUGGACUACAUUCCUCCGACUGGCUUCCAUCAUAAACCGUCGAUUGCGUGGCCGCCGCCUAAUGAGGAGGAACUGAAAGAGAUGAGCAAGCUAGCGUCAGGGGACACAGAUGAUGGUGAUGAGAAGGUAAACCAAUCCGAGAAAAAAGCUUCCCCGACGACACCCUUGAGUGUCAUCAUUGAUGGCGAGAACGUUGAGAUCAAGGAACAAAUACAAAUGUACACCACCAACGAGCUCAUCACUCACCCUCUCGUCAGCCCCGUUCUCCAGCCAACGCUUGGCGGGCUGCCACCUCUUCUCGUCUUGGUCGGCGGAGGAGAAAUUCUGCGUGACGAACAGAUCUACCUUGCGCAUAAGGCAGCUAACCCCUCGGCAUACCUACCACCUGAGGCUUGUUUGGAUGAGGAGGCUAGAGCUCUCAUCGAUCGAUAUCCUCCGACAGAUGUUCAGCUCCAGGUCUGGGACGAUUUGUGCCAUGUAGCGCCAACCCUGAGCUUCACUCGACCGGCAAAGCUGAUGUUCAGGAGCAUUGCCCAAUUCUCUGCCUGGGCUCUUGCCCGCGCCCAAGAAUCUGACAUCGAAAUCCAACACGAUGAUCACAUCUCUGUCAUCACGAGCUCGAGCGAUUCAAGCCUCGAGAGAGCGCAGACACACCUUUCCGAAGAAGAGAAGAAACAUGCCACCUCCAGCAUCGGCAAAGCUGGCGAUCCGCUGCCCCCGUUCGAGAACCACAUGAUCCGUCAGCGCGUCACCCGCCACGGUCGCAUCUUCCCGCUGGCACCGCCUGAGGAACUCCCUGGCUGCUGUAUGCCCCGCGAAGAAAUUGGUGUUAUCAAGGAGAGCACAGCUCGGAAAUGGCUCGAUAAGCGUCGUAAAUGGGAUGCCCGCUUCGCCGAUGCCCGAGCUCGUGUGCGUCGGCAGCGUCUGCGGGACGCCUCGGCUGGCUUCGAAACCUUCGGAGAGGGCGAAAACCCUCCUCCCAGUGCCCUUGCCGGAAGAAGGAAGAUUGGUGUCUUCAAGGAAGCUGAGUGCAAGAGAAAGCGCGUAAAGAGCUUUGGAAUGUCUCUCUGGGCAACUUGGGGCGCUAAGCACGAUCUGAUGGCUGUUAAGAGGGAAAAGGAGUCCGACAAAGCGCCAGAACAGGUGAUUGUAAAUGCUGAGCAGGGCCAGGGGGCUCGGACGUUCGAGUCACUUGAGAAGCAGGAAGAGGAGGUUAGACAUAGGGAAGAGGAGAAGAAGGACAAAAAGAAGCGAGGCCUGUCCGUGGAGAGGUUCGUCCGGAAGUCUCGCUCCUGGAGAGAUUUGUUCUCUCUGGGUAAGUCACAGCAAGAGCAGAACGCUAAGGAUGUUCCUCCCGUACCUCCUCUCGUCACCCCUGCUUCUGAUGAGAAGACGACGGAGAAUAAGACCGAGACCACCGAUAAUGGCGCAGAGACUGAAGCCACCAAUGGCCAGGCAACUGAACCUGUCGCCAAUGAGGCUCCUACCAAAGAGAAUGGCGAUGCCAACCCCAAGCCUGAUGAGAUUGCAGAGCCACAUGCUGCCGCCCCAGCAGACGGAGAAACAGGCGUCACUGGCAAGAGAGUCUUCCUUGGCGGCGUGGCGAUGCCCUUCAGCCUGCGUAAGGAAGCUGACUCAGCAAGCCUUAUGACCUUGAUGUCGACGCCCAUGACACCUGGUCUGCCCCCAAGCAUCAAUACCACCCAAGCCGAAGGGGCGGAAAUUGAAGUGCCCUCUCCUGUCACCGAGACGGCAGGGCACACGGCUGAGGGGGAGAAGACACCUGUCCUUCCGCCGACCACGCCGACAGUCUUGAUCAACGAUCCCAUCGAAGAGGAAAAGACAACCGUUGCGAAUGGCGAUGUCAACGGUGAUGAUACAAAAGAGGUGGUAAUUGAGCUUCCCGAAAAGAAGCAACCAGAGCUGGCCCGCUUGGACUUUUCGACGCCGCUCCCGUCGCCUGCUCUGACGGGAGAUGCCAGUCUGGAGAGGUUUAUCACAGCAGACUCUCGUGCUGAUGACUCGCCGAAGAAAUGA